AUGAAUGGCCUUUUCCACCCCAGCCGGCUCCUGCAACUUCAGGGGCCCGAUGAUAUAGAGGAAGCACCGCCUCAGCCUGUACGCCGCGUCGUCACCGGAAGCAACGGUGAGCUGCUGGGCGCGCGCCAGGCUCACCGACGCUUCCCCGACGACUCACCUGCUCAGCCAGAGCCAGCAUUAUCGUACAGCAGCACCCCGUUCGACGACUCUGGGACUCAGACAACAAGGUUGCACGUAUCCUACGACGACCUGUACUCACAUGGCAGCAUGAUUAACCAGAAGCCUCUGCCCAACCGUCCCGCUCGCCUUUUCCAAAGCCUUUCCAACAGCGACGAUCCGGAGCUGCUGGGAUACCUCGCUCGCCGGCACAUCACUGUUGGCUUCCUGCAUGAAAUCGACCUGCUCCUACGUAACAAUCCCGAGCUCUACCAUUACUCGUCUGAGUGGGCUGAAACCUUCAACUCUCGCCGGCCCCUCGACGCGUACAAGUUCUUUCUGAAGGGCUACACGAAGCCUGCUCGUUAUGUUCCAGGCUAUCUUCCGGAUGUACAGCUCUUUACGCUUCCACAGUGCUACAUCCCGGUGAGAUUGGACGUCACCUAUGACGAAGAGUUGGCGGACUUCUUCGACGGAGUACCGUAUCGCCAUGACAUCCUGCAAGAGAUCGAUCGUAUCGUCGACGGCUUUUGCUACCAGAUCCAGUGUGGCAUGUUUGUGAAGGCUUCUGACCGCCGACUCGUAGUGUAUGCCCUUUGGGGCAACCCAAUCGACGCUUACAAGUAUUACGAGUACAACUACCAGACUACCUGGUUGAAACACAGGCACCUCCCGGAGCAUAUUGAACUGGACAAGGUUCCCAAGGGUGACAAUUACACCCUUCCUGUUGCCUCCGUCAUAGGCCCCGACGAGGGCCAUCGCUCUCAUCAAGCUACCAGGAUGAGGAUGGCCAGAGCCCAUGACCACGGGAUUGAUGUUUUGGAGGUCUUAAUCCAGGACUUUGUGUGUCGGCUUGCGCAGAAAGGUCAUCGUCGAAAUCAUAUCGAGAAGAUGAAGCGAAAGGCUCAGGAUGCUCUUAAUGAAGAGCGCAAGGCACCUCAAGGCCUGGAUAUCGUUGAUAUGAUCAUGGGCAUGGCCGACUCUGAGCCUCGACUACCAAGAGACGUUGUGGUCACUUACACGAUGACGCAAGGAGGUCUCUUCACCAUACCAAGCAGUGGGAUGUUUGGCAACGUUGAAGUCAAAAUCGAACCUCCACCAACCCAGAGUCAGCCAAAGGAACGAUCCGUACCGCAGACGCGCCAAAUGGAAGUGAGUCUUGAGAAGCGCAAGAAUGCUUACCGGGCCGCUAGAAUCCGCUUCAAGAGGAGCAAGAAGGUGGAACUGUGGUCCCUCCACAGUGGAUGUAUCCAAGAGCAGCAACAGGCCACGAAGGAGCGUAUCGCAGCCGGGCGCAACUUCGUAAACUGUGUUGUGUCGUUGAACAAGAAAACCAAACAGCUAACUUCAGCCGAUACCGACUACCUGAAAAGGCUGAUGGUGUCCGGUGCCGAGCAGCCUUCCCCGGAUGAUCUUCUAGCGCGCUACGGAAACUUGGUCCAUUGA